AUGAAGCAAUCAGAUCGUGAUUGGUUCAUUCAACAAGAAAUCAAUCUAUUGAAAUACCGCCGAUUGGAACAAGCAACCGCUGCAGAAACUCAAUCUUUUCUUCAACAAUAUUCUGAAUUUGGCUGGAACCCUGUAUCAACUAAAGAUAUAAAGACUCUUUAA